AUGCGAGUCAAUGGACAUGCAAGGAAGAUUGUUGAGAAAGCUUCAACGGGUGACUCUACAGAGGUCACACGAGAUGAUUACAUACUAGAAGUGAAAGAUCUGAUGAAAAGAACUCGAGGAUGUGAACUUCCAGGCACAUACAACCCUUUGAUAAUCGGCGAGUUGUUUCGCGAACAGUGUAAGCCCUGGAGAAGCUGGUUGGAAAGGUUCUCUAGCAAGAUAUUCGAAGCUGUUGACUUAAUUGUUAAUGAAGCAUUGGAAUACGUUGUGGAUGGGGAUACGAAGGCGAAGCUCUGGGGUGAAUUGAUUAACGAUGGUCUGGAUCAGCUCAACCGUCAGCUUGAUAGUAAGGUGGCUGAGAUCCUGCGACCUCAUGAGGAUGGCCACCCAAUUACAUACAACCACUAUCUGACAGAGAACGUCCAGAAGAUCCGUAGCGAUCGCUAUCGGGACAAUGUCAUGCGAGGCCUGAGAGAGUCUGGAAGUGGGAGAAGUGCGGUACAAACAAAUAUUGGCAACUGUUUAGAGGCAGUUAUUAAGUAUACCGAAAAAGACAUGGAGACCGUGUCAAGUUCGGAAGCAAUCGACUGGAUGGAGGCAUAUUAUAAAGUGGCACUGAAGCACAUUGUGGAUGACUUCAGUACGCUGGCUGUUGAGGCUUGUCUUAUUUCGAAGCUACCUGGGCUAUUUACCCCAGAAGUUGUAUUUGAGUUUAGCGACGAUACCGUUAGUAGGGUUGCAGCCGAGAGCUGGGAAACAGCAGACGAACGAAAGUUCCUCACGGAUAAGAUGAACAUCCUCAGCGGUGGUAUGACGGAACUACAGCGCCUAAAUAAAUAUCAUAAGCGUAUAGGCGUUGACAAACUAGAAAAAGAAGUCAACACACCUGGAUCUUCUUCUGAGCAAGAAAAGUCUUGGAACCAACCGGAUCUAAACUUCGGUAUGCCAAAGCAAUCGGAAGUGCCGGAAUACGAAACAGCAAGCCCGAAAGUACCAGAGGAGAUUGAUGUGCCUAGUAUUACAGACUAUGUCCCGGUUGCAGAGAGACCGCGGGCCUUCGGCCAACCCGUUCGGUGGCCAGGCCACUUUUCAAUCCUACCUUAAACUAUCCUGUCGGGAGCCUCUUUGGUGUGGACUCCUCACGUGUUAUGUAAAACUAAUAUAAUUGUCACACAACUGAUACGUAUUAUUGGUGCGUUGAUAUGAGGCAAUAUUGAUGGAAUUCUUGAUGAUCUGAUUGGUUGUGUUGAGAUUGUGGAAACGCGGUAUUCACCGCCAACUACAGGAAAAUAGGGUUCUUAAGUCACCUAAUAGGACCGACUACCUCCUAAUCUGGUAGCUAUUAACUGACUCAUCGAACUUGCUGGUAAAUGUAUUAACGCUUGGCCUUUUAUCCUCUUACGAGGGCGCUACGCGUCCCUUAUAUACCUAUUCUACAUAUACCUAUGACAGGUACCUACAUAAUUAAUACUAGCUUGACUUGCCCCCUGACAGCGCUACCUGCGUGAUACGAACGCAAAUACUAGUCCCAAUACCGAUAUUAGCUCACUAUAUAUCGU